ACUAACAGUUUAGCAGCGUUAGCUUACCUUGUGUUGAGUGGACGGAGAUGUUUUGGCAAAACCUUUGUGAGGUUUGUAAGGAGAUAUAUAGCGAUACAUUGUUCGAUUGCGAACAAAAUUUCUUGUCGUAAAUGAAUGAAGAAGUGUUGAACGGAAAGACAACGUGGAUUGCUGUGAUUGUGAGACUAGCAGAUGAUCGAUCGGAGCUGCAGUGAAGAGGACGGCGGUGUUUGUGGGAGUUGGAGCUAAAGAUCGGAGCAGGAACCAUGUCUUCAGAACCUCAGGAAGGUUCUGUCAGAGAACAACUUUCUGCUGCUGAAGGAACCAUCCUCCAGAACGAGGAGGAGCUCUGUCGUCAGCGCAGACUGCUGGAUAUCAGCUGGAACCCGCAGCUUCAGCUACACAUUGCAGUCCUCCCCCAGCACUGGGUGACUGAAGAGGAAGAUGUCUGCAACCAGCAGAGGAACUUCAGAGUGGAACAGGAAGAACCAGAACCUCCACAGAUUAAAGAGGAACUGCAGGAUCCAGAACCUCCACAGAUCAAAGAGGAACAGGAGGAACCAGAACCUCCACAGAUUAAAGACGAACAGGAGGAACCAGAACCCCCACAGAUUAAAGAGGAAACAGACGAACUCUUCAUCAGUCAAGAUGAAGAGCAGCUUGAUCUGAAGCAGGAGACUGAUACCUUGAUGGAGAUUCCUACUUAUGAGGAAGAUGAGAACAGUGAAGCAGAUCUAAACAAUCAACAGAGCUUUGAUGUACCUAAAAGUCAGGAUGAAGAAGGAAACCAACAUGAAGAAUCAACAUCAACUACAGAUGAAGAGACAGACCCACAGGACAGAGAUCAGAGGAAGAGAAGAGACAGAAGUCAUGCCAGAACUGUGGACAGCUCUCACAUGUUAGAGGGCUGAGGAAGACGUCCUGCAGAUGAAGCUUCACACGUGACCACCUGCUCUCUGCUCCUGAUCCAUGUCUUCAUCUCACUCCUGCUGUUCACAUCCAAACAGAUCUUCAGGCUGAAGCUUUAAAUCUGGAUCUUCAACUUCAUGUUGAUGAAGAGUGAAGGAAGUCGGUUGGAUUCUUUGAUGCUCUAAUGUCUUUUGGAUUCAGGAUGAGUUCUUGUAGAUUUAGAAAAACCACCAUGAUGAUCAUGCUUGAAGACUUUCAAAAUAAGAGACUUGCAAACACGACAAUCACUGCUGGAGGAUAAAUACAUUUAAUAAUUAUUAUCUGUAAAUAAAUAAUAUUUAUCAAUAAAUCCUUGAUUCUAAAUGAUUGAUCUAAAGUUUAAAGGAAAAUAAGUAAAAGUGCCUUCUCAGCACAGGCACAGAUGAUUUCCUGGAAAGAAGAAAACCUCAAACAUCAUGAUGUGAUCUGGAACUGAGCUGUUCUUCAGAAGAUCCUCCCAAACAUGGAAACUGUUGCUGCAACACGUGAAGGUUUGGUUCUGUUGCUAGUGAGAUCUGAUGGAUCAGAACCAGACUUCUGUCAGCUGGAACUGUGGCUUCUUCCAGACCAUGUGACCUCAUGGAGAAAGUUCCAACAUGGUUUCAAGGAAAUGUAGAGGUUUUCCAGGAAACGUUGCUGCAGUUCCUCCGUCUCAUCAAAUGAGAGAUUUCUCUGCACUAAAGAAGAAAAUCUUCCAGAACAGCUUCAAGCUGCAGAAAAACUGUUUCCAUCAUUCCGAAACAAACUGUUUCAAAAAAGGAAAACAGAAACGUUGCUAGAAGCUGCAGAUGCAGUUACAACAAACAGCUAGUAACAGUUUAUUUGGGAAUAUGUUCUGUCUCUGACCAUGAAGGGACUUGAACCCUCAAUCUUCUGAUCCGAAGUCAGACGCCUUGUCCAUUAGGCCACAUGGUCAGUCAUAAUGUCGUUGUCCAGCUGCAGGUGGAGGACAGCAUCAUCCAGCUGAAGAAGAGGAGGAGCUUCAGCUGCCUCUAAGAGGAAGGUGGAGGAGGUGAGAGGCUGCACUGGAGCUUUGGACCAAACCCUGUGAUGGACUCACAAUAUCUCCAGGCUGUUUCCAGCAUCACUGUUUCAUCUGAAGAAGCUCCAGGCUGAAAGCUGCAGCAGCUGCAAACAUCUGGACUUCCUGCUGCAGCUGGAACUGCUGAAGAAUUGGAAUGACAGAGUUGUGGAGGUUUAGUGGAUGAACUUCUUGUAGGUCCUGCUUGGUUCCGGUUGUUGCUGGUGGUGGAAAGAGCUCCUGCAGACCUCUUUGCUGUUGGAAGGAUCUUCUGUCUGCAGACUCUCUGAUUCUUCAGCAGGAGGCGCUGCAGUGUGGUCCUCCUCAUGAGUCCUGAAGCUGCCCCGUCAACUGCAGAGCUUCAGAGCUGCUUCUUCUCAGACCACUUUAUUUGGCUCUCUGGCUCUGAUGCUGCUGCAGAAAAUGAUGAAGCUCUGACAAACUGCUGGAGCUGCUGGAAAACGCAGAGUCUCUUCUUUCAGCAGCUUCUGACAACAGAAGUUGCAGUCUACAACAGUUGUUUCAGUCACACAUUAAUGUUCCAGUCUCACUCAACACAAACUCCUGUCCUUCAUCAGCCGUUGUCAUGGAAACCAGCUGACUCCAGCAGCUUCAGAAGCUCCCGGGAUGAGGCAGGAGGGACGUUGUUGGAAAACAAAAACUUUUCAUCAUCCCUGAAACCUGAAGAAGAUGAGGAGUUCUGAGCGUCUUUUCUGAGCCUUUCAUGAGGAUCUGUCAGCUUACUGACUUUACUGACUGAAACAGUCAGUUCAGUUUGGAUUGAAACAGUGAAUUUUCCUCCUGACUCUCCUGCUGAUCUGGAGGUGGAUUUCAGACCAAUGACUCUCAUGGUUCAGUGGAAACAUGUUGGUCUGAACUCAAAACCCUCAGAGGAAACAUUUGAUCCAGUCAAAGCAGGAAUUAGCCUGUGGCAGAAAUCUCUGUCAUGUUAUCGGCUGUCUAAAGUCUGUUCUUCAGAAUCUUCUCAGGAUGAUGGAAACCAGAGGAUUCCUGCUGCUGAAACUUAUGGAAAGCCGUUCUUCAGAACAGGAGGUUCUCUAGAGGAGGGUCUAGAUGACCCAACUCUCAAGUGCCUAGGGUAGCACAAAGGUUGCGAAAAC